GGACUGUAACAGUGACAGACAAGGCAGCAGUGCAGACUUUAUGUAAAGCAGUGUGUGUUUCUGUUUGUGUGUGUUUGUUUUACAUUUCAUUUCAGAGGCAGCUGAGGAGAGCAUCAGUACACACCUAAACUCAUGGGCCUGAAAAACUCCCACCCGCAGUUGUUCCCGGGGGACAUCGUGGAGUAUCCCAGGAACAAAUUCUUCUCUCAUUUCGCCGUGUUCUAUGGAGAGAGGGACGGCGUGCCCUACGUCGCUCACCUGACGUGUCGAGAUUCAGACUCCAAGCUGCCUCGCUUCGGUCGAGCUCUGAGGUCAGAGGUCAAACUGGAUCCACUGGAGAUGCUGGGGAAGAAAUACAAGGUCAACAACAUGCUGGACCCCACCUUCUCGGCCAGAGACUUCUACAGUGUGGUGAAGCCGGCCAUCGAGGACAUGAUUGGACGGGAAGUCACGUUCGAUAUCCUGUUUCAUAACAGCGAGCACCAGGCGACGCUCUUCAGAUACGGAGUCAAGAAGUCCGAGCAGAUAGAGAGGAUUUAUGAACACAUCAUGCCGACCUGGAAGAAACUGUUCGACGAGAAGAAGCUGUGACGAGUGCCAAAGGUUCACUUCUCAUGACGACCACCAGAGGGCGACAAUGUCCCAAUGAUAUCAGGAAGAAGGUUGUGUACUGACAACAUUUUCAGGAUCGUGACAUUGAAAUACUUAAAGAAGUGAGUCCAUGUUGGGGCCGAUUAGAUUAGCCACGUUUGAACAAACAUCAAUAAACUUGUAAAGUGAGUAACGUGCAUCGUGCUGCUUCAAGACACAAGUGGUUAUUUAACUUGAUCAUCUCUGUAGCUGUGAUAGUAUGACUUCUGUGGUUUACUUUUCUAUGACUUCAAACCCUAAACAUCACUUUCAUGCCUCCUUCAGAUUUUAUGUCUUUAUGUUUUUCUGCCUUCGUGCUGCAUCUACAUUUAAAAUGUUGAAACCCAAAAUCAUUACAUUACAUAAUGCUCCUUUAAAAUAUUUUUCAUCAUCUGUUUCUCUAUUCUCCUCAUUAAAUUUUAAUUUAAUACCUUACAAUGUUGAUUUACUUUGACUCAAAUAAACGUUUGCUUGCCUUCA